AUGAAUAAUUUUCUGUCUUUCCUUUUCGUGACACUUUUGAGCGCCUUCAUUUAUAUAUGUUACCUAUACUGCCUUCAAAAUGAAUACCUAAACAGUUACGGUCGCACCGUGCGCAUAAUCUUGGGAGUAAUGAGCGCCCCUUUUUUUGUAUGCUACUAUUGGUCCUUUAUAAAAUUCUCCUUUAACAACCCUGGAUAUGUGGACACCACGUGGGAAGCAAACGCAGAAGAAAAUAACAUACCGAUCGAAAAGAGGAAAAUUAGGAAUUACACACCAAAUAAGUACACCAUCUGUGACAAGUGCAACUUUCUCGUGAGACCAGAGAGGGCCCACCAUUGCCGGUCCUGCAAGAGAUGCGUUCUGAAGAUGGACCACCACUGCCCAUGGAUAGGCACCUGCGUGGGAGAAAGGAACUUAAAGUUCUUUUUCCUCUUUUUGUUCUACGGGCUGCUCACAACGCUAUACAUUGCUAUUACCAUUAGCCCUAAGUUUAUACUGGCUCUACAGGAAAGCGAAAGUAACAAGGUAAUAAUCCGGUGA